AUGUCUACCAACGGCGGAGACGCGAGAAACGGCGGAGAUGCAGAUGUGCUCGCCAGGAUUCACCUGGCACUCGAGGUGGUUCACAGCCCGCUCUCGACCAAUGACGCGCGUCGGGAGGCCCAAUCCUUCCUCGAGGAAGUCAAGGACAUCGCCGAAGCUCCUUUCCAGGGCUACCAGCUAGCCUCCGACAAGACCCAAUCGCCCGUUGUUCGCCAUUAUGCCCUGUCACUUCUCGAGCACGCUAUACGAUAUCGAUGGGCGACCUAUACUGAGGAACAAGCCCAAACACUCCGGAACUGGGUGCUGGAGCUGAGCCAGGCCGUUUCGAAGGAAGACCCGUCAUAUCUGAGGAACAAGACGGCCCAGCUUUGGGUGGAAGUGGCUAAGAGAAGCUGGGGCUCCGAAUGGACAGAUAUGGACGACAUGCUUGUUGAGCUAUGGAAGGUUCCCAAUUCAGCCGUCCACAAGGAGCUUGUCAUGUCUAUUCUUGAAUCUCUCUCAGACGAGGUGUUCUCUGGAGAUGACCCUGUCGUUGCCAUGAGAGAAGGUGUCUUGAGCAAGGCGUGUGUCGAGAUCUUCACUCCCACGGCAGUGCUGGUUGAGGCUUUCCCCAAUCGCCAGCCCGGCCCAGACGUUCGGUGUGGUCAUGAGGGCUGGCUCGCCCGUCUUUCAGAGUUCCUGGGCAUGUGUUUCAGCUCUGGCACUCAGAAUGAUGAAAUCAAGACUUGUAUUAUCAAGGGAUUUUCAGCUCUCCUUUCACUUCUGGCCUGGGCUAUUCCAAAAGCUAUAUCGUCUGCUCGGUGUGUGGACAUCUUGACAGCCGGCCUGGCAUCCCAAGCAAUCGAAAUUCAAAAGGUUGCUGUAGAUGCCCUGCACAUGCUGUAUAUGCGAACCAGCUUCACAGAUGAUGAGUUCAGGGAGAUUGUUGCUCCCAUGUACACCGGCGCGUCCAUUCAACUCUUCAAAGACCUCAUUGAACGGUCAGCCGUCGAUGCUGACGAUAUCGACGAAGACAAAUACCAAAUCUUGAAGAAGCUAUCCGAGAUGCUAUCAAGCUUGGGUGAUUACUUUGAGAAGAAGCACUCCCAGGUCCCUCAUGAUGCAAACCCCCGGGCUUUCUUGCAGCUCUUGCUCCAAGUAGUACAACAUCAAAGCCUCAUGGUCUCAAUCCCUGUCUUGGUAACGUGGACAAGGCUCCUUGCGAACAAGUACAUCGGCCCAAGCGAUCUUGUUACACCCAUGAUUGGACCUCUCCUUGAGGUCUGCAGCUCUAGACUUGUUCGAUACGAAAAUCUUCCUUCUGACACCACCAACCCAACAUUUAUCUUCCUGAUGGAGGAUACCGAUACCAUUCCCGAGCGCCACGCCUUUUUGGGCAAUUAUCGCCGCUACAGCUCACAGAUUGUUGAGGCUAUCGUACAGCUUAAGCUCGUCGAUGCGGUAUCCUAUAUUCUAGGACAAACUGAGCAAGUUUUGCAGCAUUUGUAUGAUGGACAGCCUCCAUUUAAUAAACAAAAUUAUUUCAAGCACUCAAUGCCUGUUUUGCAAGUAGAUUCCAACUUUACAUUGAUUGAAGCGUCAUUAAAAGGUUAUGCGAAGUGGAAAAGGGCACACUCCCACAACAACCAACAACAAAUCGCCGAGCUUGAGGCCAGUCUCGAGGGCUGGUGUUCAAGACUUCUUGAUAUGAGCUUUGAGGAUCCUCUUAUCCGAAAGCGAACUCUCCAGCUGCUAGUCUAUUUCUCAACAAACGCUCUGAACAAGAACGCGAAUUUCAUGCUCAAGGUGUUGGAACAUAUCAUUCUCACCUGGCCAGUGUUGGAACCAGAAUACCGCGCGUACAACGAUGCCAUCAAAGACUUUCAAGUCGAGAGCAUGCUCGAAUUACAUCGCCUUGCUAUCGGAAUGCCUGAUCACCUUCUGGGGGUUUACGACCAAAUUGAGGCCCGUGUGAAUGAGAUGAUGGCUACUGGAAAGCUAGAUGAUAGACGAACACUUGCUUACAAAAGCUUUUUGUUCUUGAUCAUACAUCGAGCGAAAAGCGUCGACAUUCCAGCCAAAGUCCAGAAACUGCGAGAAUUUGUAGAGCCUGUAAAGGCGCAAUGGCAAGAAGAGAACAUCAAAUCUUCCGUUAGGUCGUAUUCUGGCUUCUGCGAACUUCUUGCACUAGACAAGGCCCAAGCCUACCUAGCCAACCGCCAGGCGCAUAAGAUUCAAGACUGGGGCUCGUCCGAGCUUGAUGCAGAGGGAUUGGCGCUUCAGAACGAGUUGGAAGAGCGUCUCAAGCAACUGCCUCUCCGUUCGAUGAAAACCCUCUUAGCUCUAUCUGUGGACAGGGUUGAAAAAUCAUCCACCUCAUAUCAAGCUUCCUGCGAAAUCUGGAAAGACGGGUUCCCUAACAUCCUAGCAGACCUGCUGCGCCUCCUAAGCUACGCCCACGCAUCACAUAACCCGCAUAACUGGACAGGCUUCCCAGACGAUAUGCGCAGCAUUGUGGACAAGGUUCUAAGCGAUCGAUUUUGGCAGGCUGGUAUUUCGGAAGGGAGCAAAGAUGACUUCUAUGCCAGAGUGUUUGACAAGAAGAACACGAUAGAAGGACUUGCUUCAACUAUUCGCGGGUCGGUACGGUUUGUUCGUGAGACGUCCUAUGGAGUUCUGUACUGCAUGAGCAAGCUUCAUUCGCAAUUUUACGGGUUCAGUGGACUCGCUGCUCCGUUAUCCGAGGCUUUCUUUUCAGACUCCAUCUGGCUGUCUACUCACCAACAGAGCAACUUAUUGGGCUUGGUUAGACAUCUUGUCGACGAUUGUCCGGUUGACUGCCGUGAAAACUUCUUGCCUGAGCUUUUGUCCUCAUGUUUCCGGCAAAUGGACUCGAAGAUCAACUCAGAGUGGGCAAAGCUUGAACAGCAGCAGACUGUGACAGUAGAUGGCGACGCUGAGCUCAAAGAGGAGAUGAAGUCCGAGAGUAUACUCCGUCAAGUAACAUACACCGCUGUGGUGAUGGUGGCAGAUUUUUUGGAUCCGACCAAGCCAAACUCUCCAACUUUAGAAUCACAAGCGCAGAACCCUGAUGCUCAAAACGACUCUGGGGCAGCAUAUCCCUCUCUAAGAAAGUUUUGCUUAACCCAUCAACAAAUCAUCGAGCCGCUCUUGCUUUUCUGCAUGCAUGGAAUUCGGAUGCGGGAUAUCAGAUGCUGUGGAAUGCUGCUGCGGCUUUUUAUAUCACUGGUACCAGAAUUUGGCGCGGCAUCAUCUAAGAGAAGCCAAACACAGCAGGCUACCGACGGACACGGAGCAAGUAUACCUGUCGAUUCAUCUCCUAUCCCUCCCGAGAUCGCUUCAGCUGUUCGGGAGUACAUAUCAUCGGACGUAAUGAGAGCAUGUAUCACCUCAUUCCAUGAGCCAUACUUUGUGGACGUUCAAAAGGAAUUGGCGGCACUCAUCGCAGCGGUUGUGGUUUACUACAGCCCAAUCACAUCAACACCUACGGAUGUCCUUUUGGCGCUGCCAAAUGUGAAUCGUGGAGAGCUGGAGCGUCUAAACGCAUACGUGGCUAAACCGGGAUCGCACACGCGGCAACAGAGGGCAAUCGUCCUGGAGUUCUUGAAAGAUCUCAAAGGAGUAAGCGUCUCAGAGAUGGGAAAGCUAAACAAGAGCGCCGGCUUCGAUGGUUCAAGCCACUCCAAGCGUCCAAGCCGCAGCAAGAUGGCUCAGGGGUUCAUGACGAGCGCCCCAGCAACAUCCGAUGCUACAAACCACAAAAGGGGAGACGCAGCGGGAGACAGGGCCACACCCGAUGGCUUAGAAGGCAUUUCUAAUUUGUUUGAGAGUUAA